GGAGGGUAUAAUUACUACAUCCUAAAGGACUUGUUAGGGGAUGGAAUUUUCACAGUUGAUGGUGAUAAGUGGCGGGAGCAGAGGAAGUUGUCAAGCCAUGACUUCUCCACAAGGGUCUUGAGGGAUUUUAGCAGUGUGGUAUUCAGAAAAAAUGCAGCAAAGUUUGCCCAUAUAUUGACUGAAGCUGUCAAAUCCAACAAGAUAGUAGACAUUCAAGAUCUAUUCAUGAAAGCAUCUCUAGAUUCUAUAUUCAGAGUUGCCUUUGGAGUUGAGCUAGACAGCAUGUGCGGUUCAAAUGAAGAAGGCAAAAAAUUUAGCGAUGCAUUUGAUGAUGCAAGUGCAUUGACAGUUCGGAGAUAUGUUGAUAUCUUAUGGAAGAUUAAAAGAUCUCUCAAUAUCGGAUUAGAAUCCAAAUUAAAGGAAAAUAUAAGAACUGUCGAUGUGUUUAUUCAUAAGAUGAUCCAGAGAAAAACUGAGGAGAUGAGUAAACCGGAAGCUGAUUUAUCUUUGCAGUGGAAGAGAGAAGACAUUUUGUCAAGGUUUCUGCAAAUAACCGAUACAGAUCCAAA